AACACCCAAUCUUCGACAAGGAACCAAUGUCCGACAUUAAAAAAGUUUUCAAAAUAAAAUAAGAAUAUUUUCUGACUUCUGAACGCAUUCGAACCAUAAACUAUAGACCAGGGUUAUCUAGCUGUCAUUGCGGAUGACGUUUCAUACAUUCGGCCAUUUUGUACAAAAUGGCGUAAUGAUAUGUUUCGUCCGCGGUAGAUCUCGAAAGAAAUCCAGUUUUAUUAGUGAAAUCGCUAAGGAGGUAGCAGGCAUGGCGCCUAAAAAAAAUUACACGCCUCUUCAAAUGGCCCAGGCGGUAGAAGCAGUCAGAAAAGGUGAGAAAACUGCAACUGCUGCAAAGAAGUUUGGUGUACCCAGAAUUACAUUACAUGAUAAGAUUUCCGGUAAGACUCCAGUUGAAUGUUCCAUGGGCCCUAAAACAUAUUUGUCAACGGAAGAGGAGGCUAUUUUAGAAAAAUGGGUACUUGAAAUGGCUGAAAAACACAUUCCCGUUACUAGAGAUGAGCUCCUCGAUAGCGUACAACGUAUCAUAAUUGAUCAGGAUAAAACAACCCCAUUUACUGACAAUAGACCGGGAAAGAAAUGGUACAACCUUUUUCUAAACAGACAUCCUAUAUUGUCUGAAAGAACGGCACAAAAUUUAACGACAGCUCGAGAUGCUGUUACAGAAGAGCAUUUAAGGCGGUGGUUUGAAGAAGUUGAAUCUUAUCUACGCCAAAAUGAUCUAAAAGAUGUAUUAGAACAGCCAGCAAGAAUAUUCAACACAGACGAAAGUGCCUUUUUUUUGUCGCCUAAGGCUGGUAAAGUUCUUGCAAAAAAAGGUGACAAACAUAUCUACCAAUCCUCCGGAGACGAAAAAGAUAAUUUGACAGUACUAAUUACUGGAAAUGCCGCUGGACAAUUGGCACCACCCAUGGUAGUAUUUGCAUAUGAGAGAAUCCCGGCCAUAAUUUCAUCCCAGUUUCCUGAAGAUUGGGCAAUUGGACGUUCACAGAGUGGCUGGAUGUGUGGCAGCACGUUUUAUGAAUACAUAGUGAACGUUUUUGAUCCAUGGUUAUUACAGCAAAAUAUCCAAAAACCCGUAGUGUUCUUUUUGGACGGUCAUCGAUCGCAUAUGACCCUGCAUUUGUCGAUGUUUUGUGCUCAAAAUGGCAUAGAAAUCAUAGCAUUACACCCAAACAGUACGCACAUUUUACAGCCAAUGGAUUUGGCUAUAUUCAGACCACUGAAAUCAUUCUGGAAAAAAGCAGUAAAAGACUGGAAACUACAAAACUUAGGACACAAUUUAACAAAAGAUAAAUUUGCCCCUGUCCUUAAAACAGCGUUGCAAUCGCUCACUGAUGAUUCCAUUAAGAAUGGUUUUCGCGCUGGCGGUUUGUAUCCUUUUGGCCCAGACUACAUCGAUCUAACUAAAAUAAAAUCUCGACAAAACCCGCAAGUUGCAACAGAACAGGCACUCUUUGUUAAUUUCUUGGAAAAGGAAAUAGUGGCAAAAUUGGGGACAGAAAAGUUGCAGUUUUUCAAUGAACUCUUUUAUAAAGGUCGAGAUGAAUUAAAUUCUCGGUUAAAUGAGGAAGACACGUCACUGUAUAUAAUAUGGGCUAGCAAUAAACAGAGAGUUCAACGUACAGCUCACGUUGUUGAACGAUCAGUACAAGCUGAAAUUAACUUGAUUCAAGAAGAUGUUUCCAAUCUAGUGGAAAAUUGUGACAACAAUGGUGCAAAUUCAGGCCCUUUAAAUGAAACCAGAACGUCUAAUAAUUCUACAUCGAAUAUACUGACAAACCUAACUAGUGGACAAGAAUCAAAAGAAACAACAAAUAACACCUCAAUUAUUGAUAAGCCGAGUUGUUCUAACAUAACAGAUUCAGUUACAAUACCUUCGACAUUUUGCUCUUCAACUUCAGCUGCGGCAGAAUCCACAACUGUAAAAGAGACGACCAGACCAGAACCAAAAGAAAACUUUAAUGACGUGUUAAUUGUUAAUGAGCAAAGUUCUUCCAACCAAUUAGUAAAUCCACUUCAGACUGCUGCCAAUGCCUGCACUUCAACAUUUACCCUCAAUGAGAAUUCUGUAGUAGAAAUAAUAUCUUCAAAAAAGACGAUCACACUUGAAUCCAAAGAAAAGACUAAUGAAGCUUUGAUAAUUAAUCAGCCAAGUUCAUCGAAGCAAGCAAGAGGCUUACUUCAGAUAUCUUCAACUUCUUCAUUGUGUGUUCUUCAAAGUGCUGCAGAAAAAACACCUUUAAAAGAGAUGAUGAGCAUUAAUACAUCAAAAACUGUUGCAAAUAAAGUGGGAAAUACAUAUAUUCCAUCGCCAUUUAAACGAAAUUUAUUUUGGCCCGGAGAAGAUGAAGAUAAAAAAGGGAAAAAAAGAAGAUUAAGAGAAAAAAUUCCUUUUGCCAUCACAAGUAAAACGUGGAGGGAUUAUCAUGAAGUGAAAGAGAACCAAAAAAGAGAAGCAGCAAAACUAAAAGAAAUUAAAGCCCAAGAAAGAGUAGAGAAAAGACAGUUAAAACAGAGAGAAAUGGAAAACAAAAAGCAAAAUAGAAUAAAAGAUAAAGAACAUAAGAAGAAAAAACGAAAUACAACACCAAAACCGAAACCAAAUGAUACAUCGUCGGACAAUACAGACACCGAGGUAAACUAUGCAGAAAGUGAAGAUAGCUACAACAUGGAAAUCGAACAAGAACUAACAGACGAAGAAAUACCAUUGAGCAAAUAUUCUAAACCAGCAAAAACAUAUUCUAGUGGAGAUUAUGUUAUAAUCCAAUACGAAGGAGAAUUUUUCCCAGGCGAAAUUAAAAAUGUUAAUAAUAACAAAUUUGAAAUUAGCACCAUGACCUUUUCUGUGGGUAACACGUUCAAAUGGCCGGAAAAAGAAGAUAAAAUCUGGUACCAAAAGUCUGACAUAGUCAAAGCAAUUUCAAAACCAACGCUAUGCAAUAAAAGAGGUUUUUAUACGAUACCAGAAAUGAAAGAAUAUCUGCCUUUCACAAUGUAAGGUAUUAAGUAUUUAAUUUAAUGUUCUUCAGAAAACAUUUAACUUUCUUUGUUUAGAUUUUUAAGCCAAACAACUAUUAAUUAAGUGGUAGACUAAAACGAGUCUGUGAUCAAAACCUGCCAUAAAUUUAUUAUUAAAUAAUAAAUAGGUACCUACUUAAUAAUAUUGUAAUUCCAAGUGGAAAAAUCAUAAGAAGUAUGUUAAUUUUAUAUGCCACUGAGAAGAUCUCAUUAAGUUUUGUUGAUUAGUAUUAAGCAAGUAGACGAAACUUAGUAUUAGUAACCUACUUAUGUAACAAAAAUGUGAUUAAAAGUAGUUGACAUAAUAAACAAGAAAAAACUAUUUUAUAAUAUGUAGAUGAUUAAAAAAAUUAAAACAUUAACACCAUACCGUUAAAAUUAUUAGUUAUUUAAGUACUACAAUUACCAAAGCAUUACAUGCCAAAAUGUCCUUGUUUUUAUUUAGCGAAAAUAAAAUGAUUAUAAGACUGA